AUGAAGACCAGUUCUUCCACCCUGAAAGAGUUCCACACCAUUCCUCCACCAAAAGGAGCUCUUUAUGCAACUGGUAGAAGUUUAGCGAUUUCUCCCAAGACUUCAUUCUCUGUAGAGAGGAAGAAAACACUCGACAAAAAGAAACAGGGUUUGACAGAAGCACUGAAAAACUCAUGUGAUCUUCAUUUGUGCCUGAUUAGUGAAGGAGCAGAAUGCAUUUUUAUUCCCCAAAUCCCGUCCCUAGCAGAAGCCAGCACCGAAUUCAGGAAAACUGCUUUGGCGCUGGCAUGUGCCUACCCCCAGAGAAGAGGCUACUAG